UGAGCCGAGCCGUUGCCGAUAGCGGGCAAAAGGGAAAAGAUGAAGUACAACCCCAGGGUGUCGAGCUCUCGCCGGAAGAGCCGGAAGGCGCACUUCACGGCUCCAUCGAGCGUGCGGCGCGUCAUGAUGAGCGCGGCACUCUCGAGCGAGCUGCGGACCAAGCACCAGGUGCGGUCAAUGCCGGUGCGCAAGGACGACGAGGUGCUGGUGGUGCGUGGGACGUACAAGGGCAGCGAGGGAAAGGUCGUCCAGGUGUACCGCCGCAAGUGGGUCAUCCACGUCGAGCGGAUCACCCGAGAGAAGGUGAACGGGUCGACCGUCAACGUGGGCGUCAACCCGUCAAAGGUGGUGAUCACGAAGCUCCGCUUCGACAAGGACCGGAAAUCACUGCUGGACGCUAAGGCCAAGGGUCGCGCCGCUGCUGACAAGGACAAGAGCGCCAAGUUCUCCGCGGAGGAUAUCAUGCAAACCGUCGAUUAAGGAAUCGGUGAAAGACUCUGAUUCAUUGAUUUCUCAUACAUUAUCACCUGCUUUUCGGUUGUUUAUUCUGCUUUGGCUUUUAACAUUGGAAUCAAAUUAUUGGAUUUUUUGU